CGCGAUUGUCCCACCUGGCCAUAUUGGAAGUCCCCAAACGAGGCAGCUCAAGCACACACCAUGCCGAAGACACUGCAAAAAGUCCACAAACAUAUCUCCAAGAAGCGCGGGGUCGUCGAGGCGCUUCAUGAGAACAGCCGAGAUGCAAAGAGAUUGCGCCGAGCCAAUGCGAGAGAUGACCGAGUCGCUCGAGUCCAUGCCAAUCUGUCGCGGGGAAGACUGACAUAUGUGGAGCGGAUUGCCUAUUUCCAAGAUAAUAUCCCCGAAGACAGUGGGCCGUUUUCCGACAAGGACAUGAUCGAUGUGGCCGCAAGAUAUAUCAACCGCAGCGUCCCCGAAAUCGAACAGCUACAAAGUGAGCGCCGGAAAGGUCGACCGCCCACCAAGCGCGAAGAAGCUCUGCUGCAAAGAACGGAUGUGGAAAGCAAGGAAUUCAAGACGGGAUUUUGGAUGCCAGAUAUCAGCGAGCGCGAAGUGAUUCAAAAGCUUGCGUCGUGGAAUGGCGAAUGGUCUGGCCUGAGUACGAUGAAAUUUAUUCGUCUCACCAAGGAUGGAGACAAGCAGUCGUCAGCCUUUCCGCCGAAAGGAAUGUCUUGAACCUGUUUCUUCUUUUCUCGAUAUUUUUCAUUUCCCCUGUUUCUCUGUGUUUCUUUAGAAAGAAAAGUCGGCGUGUGUUAUGACAUUUGCUUUCAAUUACGGGACAAUGGCAUUCAUGAAUGUAUAUACCUUAUCACUCGUGGCCUCCUGAGGCACAAAUAUCUAG